AUGCCCUACUCAGCAUCGCAAUCCAUAAAAGAAUGUACAUUUUCCUAUCCUGCAUAUACAAAUUCAAAUAUUGAUGAAUUUUUGUCUGAUAAUCUUGAUAGUUCAAGUAGCAGUAAUGAACAAGAACCUGAUAACUUUGAUGAGUUUCAAGUUACUCAAGAUAUUAAAAAAUUUGAACGAAAUCAAGAAAAUGAAAGUUUUGAUACUGAAAUAUAUGAUAAUUCAUCUACAUUGCAUAAUAAUGAAAAUUAUACUGAAAAUAUUCCUAUAACUCAUUCAAAUAAGCAACAAUCCUCACAUAUAUAG